AAAGGAUUGAAGAAGAAAUAAAAAAAAUAGAUAUAAAUUUGACAAAUGAAGACAUUAGAACCCCUGACCUGUACGAUAUAUUAACGAGAUCAUGAGGUCGAGAAGAAAUAAUUUAAAUUACGGAGUGCAAGUGUUUAUAAGAUGUCCACGUAUCGGUGUAACGUUAUUGCUAUUUUGGUGGUUGUGGUAUUAUUAGCAAUUAAUUUAACAAAAGGUCAAUCUGAAAAUUUUCCGUAUGGAGAAAAACGGCAAGAAGGAAGUGCGACGCAUUAUUGUGGGAAACGGCUGUCAAAUGCUUUACAAAUAUUUUGUAAUGGUGUUUAUAAUUCAAUGUUUAAAAAAAGUGGAUUUGAAAUGGAAAUGGAUGAUUAUCCAUAUGCAUACGACUAUCCUCUAAGAUCUCGAGCGAGCGCUAACGCAAUGAUGGGCCGAUUUGGAGGCGCAAGAUUUCGACGUCAAUCACGGGGUGUUCACGAUGAGUGCUGCGUAAAACCUUGCUCGAUCUCCGAGUUAAUGAGCUAUUGUGGUAAUUAAAUAAUUAUUAGAAGGAAGAGUGAUUAUUUAUACGAAGGAGUUCAUCGACUUUCAUCAUUACUGUCGUCAUCGAUAUUACAUUACUUUUUUUUCUAUUUUUUUUCUUUUUGUAAUUUAUUAUGAAAGUUAUUACUACGUAGACUUUACAAACAUCAAGCUAUUGUUUACUCCGACUAAAUAAAUCUAUUUAUUGAUUUAA